AUGGGAGACAAAUACGAGGUUAUCGGCAAGUUAGGCGAAGGCGGUUUCGGCAUUGUAAACAAAGCGAAGGACAAAGAAACUGGUGGAUUUGUGGCCGUGAAAAAGCAACUAGAAUAUAACAGCGAACAAGGCAUCCCUCCUCGAAUACUCCGUGAGAUUGGACUUCUGAAUUUGCUCUCAAAUCCGAUUACAUUAGUUAAUUUCUGUUCUGAGUUAGGUACCCCCAGGUAUAAGGCUCCGGAGAUUCUGUUGGGAAUGAUUGAUUAUUAUGUUGGAGUGGACAUUUGGUCCCUUGGUUGCAUCUUUGCAAAAAUGUCAACAGGAACACCGUUGUUUGCUCGUGGUGGUGAUAAUGGUAUCAAUGCGCAAUUACUUAGUAUAUUCAGCGUGCUUGGGUUACCCAAUGAUGUGGCCUGGCCAGGGGUGGUAUCCAAACUAAGGGUUAAGCUAAAGGGCUGGAAGAACAAGCAUCUCAACUACCAACCCCAGGAUUUGGCACAGAGAUUUGCUUCCCUCGGAGUCGAUGGUGUUGACCUGCUACAGAGAAUGCUUACUUACAAGCCUGCUAGAAUGAUUUCUGCCCGCGUAGCUCUGGAGCAUCCUUACUUUGCUGAACUAAGGUUUAUGAUGGUUUUUUGA